GGUAAAGGGCUGGUCAUGACCGGUUGACACCUUUUGGAAAUACCAAUCAAUGCAAAUCAAAGCUGUUAUUAGGAAGUGCGAUCCUUUAAAAGAUGAGCUCCGAGCGGAUCAUUUUAAUUCCAGGACACACAUUUUUCCGUGCUGUUUUGCGGCUCUCGUUGCGUCCACAGCUUUAGUUCUCGCCUGUGGAGGGAAGAUGACUUUCUACGAUGGCAUUUACCCGUUCUACCCGCUACAAAGGAGCCCGUUCAUCAUCGACAUCAGCCUGCUGGUCGUGAUCCUGGUUUUCUCGGUUCUGGCUGUCAGUUUCCUCCUCAUUCUACCGGGAAUACGUGGCAGAUCGAGAUUUUUCUGGAUGUUCAGAAUAAUCACGAGUUUAUUUAUUGGAGCUGUUCUAGUAGCAUUGAAUUUUACUGGAGACUGGGCUGAAGCCAGAGUGAAGGCCAACGCCACCUACAAAUCCUUCAGUAGCGCAAUGGUGUCCGCCGAGGUGGGACUUCACGUUGGACUAUACGGCAUAAACAUCACACUCAAAGGCGAUCCAGUAUCGCAGAUAAACGAGACCAUUGACUACAACGAGGUCUUCAGGUGGUCGACCAGCGUGGAUGAGCAGUACGGCCAGGCGCUAGAGCGAGGUCUUCCCAACCCCAUCCUUUACAUCGCAGAGAAGUUCACACGCAACAGCGCCUGCGGUCUCAUCUACCAGUACAGAUACUCAGGCCGCUUUGCCUCAGCCAAUCUGUGGACGGCUUUUUGCUGUUGGCUGGUGGCCAAUAUCCUCUUCACAAUGCCUGUCAUCCUCUACGCCGGGUGCAUGAUGAUAGCCACGGCCGCUUUCAUCUUCUUCUCUAUGGCUUCCUUCUCAACUAUAUUCAACGUUACCCCAUGCGACUUCAGUAUAGGUGCAGAGUCCUUACAGACAGACUACAGCCAUUCCUUCUGGAUCGCUUUGGCUACAGGUCUUCUGUGCGCUGUGAUUGGUUUGGUGGUGGUGCUACUUGACUGUCUGUUUCCUGCGAGAAUGAGGGAAGCGUUCAGUGUUGGCGUGGACAACGAAGAUGACGAUUGUCAUACUAGUGAAGGAUACCUCAACUCAGGCUUUCUAGAAGAAGUGAUCUAUGAUGACAGCACACAGACGGGGAAUGACUCCUCGUCUCAGCAGAUCACUACACUGACAAGACUUUGAGGAGCGGUUUGCUGUCAUCCACAACUAUUACUUGAAAACUUACAGACUGAAUUGCUGGGAGCAUCUGUAUAUAAAAUUGUUACUGAUCCAACUCUAUACAAAAUGCAUAUUC